UGGACUCCGCCGUUCCAGACUUUUCUAACGCUUGUUGCUUCGGCAAAGCCGAGGUUUCUGUCUACUUUUGUUGGACGGCUUCUGUCUCUAUAAAGGGAAUGCCGCAUGGUGAUAUGUGACGCAGGGCUUGCGCACGUCGUGGGUGUAUAAGAGGCGCCGCUCGGCUCCGCUUGCGCCGCGCGCACAUGGGAAGGCGACCGUUCCCACAGACUCCCGGUGAAGGAACACGGAGAUGAACACAACCGAGAGGCUCUACCUUCCCGUUGAUGGCAUCUUCGAGAUGUUCAACCCCGCCGCCGGGCAUCACCGAUCACGCGUUACGCACCCGGUUCCACACAGCGCAGUCUUCACGCCGGCACUUCAGCAUCCGAGCGUCUCCAACAUACCGAAGACGGGGUUCGGCAUCAUCAAAACCGUUAAAGGCCGCUGGAGACAACAGGACAAACGGGUGGUUCUGAGGAGAUCGUCGAGUUCUGGCAACCGGCACGUGUCGAAUGACCCGCUCCCCAAACGGUCCGUGGAUCUGCUGGAGAUGGGUCUGACCAAGCCCGGCAACUGUCACCGGAUAGUGGUGCUGGGCGCACCCCGAGCGGGGAAGACCAACAUCCUGCGGAGGUUCCUGGGCAGAGACUUCGAGGAGCGGUAUGAGCCCACGAGCGAGGACUUCCACAGAAAACUCUUCCACAUAGGAGGGGAGUCGUACCAGGUGGAUCUGCUGGACGCAGCGAGCGAGCGAGACUUCCCUGCGAAACGGAGGUUGUCCAUCCUGACAGGGGACGUCUUCCUGCUCGUGUUCGCCUUGGACGACCGGGAGUCCUUCAACGAGGUCAGCGGGCUGCUGGGCGAAAUCAGAGCCGCCAGGGCAAAGCUGGUGAAAGCGAAGAGCCCCGCGAGGAGCGUCCCCGUCGUGGUGUGCGGGAACAAAGUGGACCUGGACUCGCGCAGAGCCGUCCGACUGGCGGAGGUGACGGAGGUCCUCGGAGAGGACGCUCCCUACUUCGAAACCUCGGCCAAAGCCGGGACCGGGCUGGAUGAGGCGUUCAGGGCCGUGGCGUCGCUGGGCGGACUGCCCGACGAGACCGGUCCGUCGCGGCACCAGCUCGUGCCCAUCCUCGCCUACCAGUCGCUGUGCAGGGGCGCGCGAGGCCGGAGGGGCAGCAGGACGCGCGCCGCGCCCUGCGCCGCCGUGGACCCGUCGGCGCGUCGCCCGAGCUUCACCAGCGACCUGCGGCUGGUGCUUGGAUCAAGCACCAAACACAACAAACCCGAGAAGUGUCAGAUUCAAUGAAUUGUGAGUCUUCUCCAUAAACCAAUUGCAGCGGUGUGCUGCAAUGUCGUAUCACGUCAGGAGUUAUACUCUGUAGCACAUGGCUGGACCAGUGCAUUAUUUGUAUCUGCAUGUAACUGUAUUGUAUUAUCCUAGAAUUAAAGGCGGAAUGUUUCUAAUGGUC